AUGCGUGCCACCAUCGCCCUCGGAGUCCUCCUCUCCGUCCUCUCCGUGACGGAGGCGUGCGCCAACGCCGGCGCCUGCGGGCACCGCGCGUACCAGCGCCGCAACGACAUCCCGUACCGAGAGUAUCCCCGCGACCCCGCUGGUAAGGGAAAGAACAAGGAGCAUGGUCGGGACAAUGCCCCGGGCCAGCUGAAGAAGAAGACGACCACGACGAAGAAGACGACAGCCAAGCCUACCACUACUGUGAAGACCACCACUGGCAAGCCGAUCACGACCACGGGCAAGGCCACCACGCCGGCCACCCCUGUCCCGACGACGACGCCCAAGGCGCCUUCUGCCAGCCCUUCGUCGGCUAGCAACGCUGCUUCGCCUUCGUCAGCCAUCGCGUCGUCUGUCAUGGAUUCCGUCUCUCCGAAUGUGUCCUCUACUUCUAUUGGGCCUUCGUCCGCUGUCUCGCCGUCGGGAGUGCCCUCCGACGCCCCCGCUACGUCCGGCACUGGCGGCGCCAUCCGUCCUUCCGACACGCCCGUUGUGCCGGAGCAGUCGCCCAUUCCCGAUGCAUCUCCGGACAGCGCCGCUCCCUCUGUCGUCGUUCCCUCCAACCCCGCCACCUCUGCUACCGUCUCGCGUAUCGGCGGCGCCACUGUCGACAACCACAUCCUCAUCCUCGCUAAGGACGAGUACAGCGCCGAGUCCGGCUUCCACGGUCUCGAGGGCUACGGCAUCCCGUACGACCGCGUGAUUGUCCCUCAGGGUGGCGUCUCCCUGCCCGCUCUGAACGACAGUGCGACGCACGGUCGCUACUCCGGUAUCAUUGUCAUGGACGCACUCUCCUACGAGUACGCGGAGGGCUGGCACAGUGCCAUCACGGACGAGCAGUGGAAGCAGAUCCACGACUACCAGGUGCACUUCUCCGUGCGCAUGGUUCGCAUCAACGAGUUCCCCGGCCCCAACUUUGGUGCCGAGGUCGACGCCGCCGGUGCUGGCGGCACGGGCUCUGAGCAGGACAUCUCCAUCACGGACACGAGCGACUUCCCGACCGCGAACCUGAAGACCGGUGCUGGUCUGUCCGCCAAGGGCCUGUGGCAUUACCCCGCCAAGGUUGUCGAUACGGCCACGACCAAGGCUGUGGCUAAGUUCGCCGCCGACGGAACCUUUGGCGAGACGGUCGCCGCCGUCAUUAACCACUUCGCCGACGGCCGCGAGCAGUUUGUUUGGUUCACCUCCUGGGCGCCCCAGUGGAGUACCACCUGCGCUGCGUUCCAGCACGCGCACAUCCACUGGCUCACCCGCGGUCUCUUCCUCGGCAAGCGCAAGACGCACCUGAACAUCCAGAUCGACGAUGUCGAACUCGCCACCGACAUGUACCUGCCCCCCAAGGCUGUCUUCCGCCUCAGCCCCGAGGACCUCGAGGGCCACGCCAACUGGCAGAAGGACCUGAAUGGUCGCCUCCCCGCCGGUUCGAAUGUGCGCCUCGAGCUCGGCCACAACGGCAACGGCGACAUCCUCGCUGCCACCGACCCCAGCUCCGGCGGCGUGUGCACCCCCGACUACGCUGUCGACUACCCUGAGGUCCCCGAGACUGAGCUCGAGUUCAAGAAGCCCCUCGGUACCGGCGUUGACUUCUGGCCCAAGGAGUGGACGACGUACCCCUGGUCGUACGCCUGCACGCAGCGCGACCCCCUCACCGCUUGGUACAAGGACCCGUCUAAGCGUGAUCAGUACUUCCACGUCUCGCACACCUUCACCCACGAGGAGAUGAACAAUGCGACCGGCCGCGAUGCCUCGCUCGAGAUCCAGUUCAACCAGGCGUGGCUGAAGCAGACCGGCAUUGCCGAUGGCAUGUUCUCGCCCAAGGGCAUCAUCCCCCCCGCCAUCACGGGACUGCACAACGGCGACGUCAUCAAGGCGUGGAUGGAAAACGGCAUCAAGCACGUUGUUGGCGACAACACCCGCCCCGUCCUCCGCAACGGUGAGAGCCCUUACCAUCCCCUCAUCUCCACCGUCGAGGGCAACGGCUACGCUGGCCUCGUCAUUGUUCCCCGCUGGGCGACUUCAAUCUACUACAACUGCGACACCUGGGAGUGUGACGUGCAGGAGUGGAAGGACAUCUCGAAGGGCUACGGGGACUACAACGACCUCCUCGAGAACGCCAAGGAGGUCAACACGCCUUACCUCUUCUCGCUCAAGGCGGACCCGUACAUGUUCCACCAGGCCAACAUGCGUCUCGUCGACAUGCCCACCAUCACGGUCGGAAGCAAGACGGGCCAGAUGUCCAUGGUGAUGGGCUGGGUCGAGAGCGUGGCGCAGGAGGUCGCGCGCGUGACCAACUGGCCGAUCGUGUCGCUCAAGCACGACGACUUCACGCAGUACUUCCUCGACCGCCAGGCGCUGGACGGCUGCAAGCCGUCCGCCGUGUUCAAGACGAACGCGGACGGAUCCCAGAUCACCCACGUCGAGGUCCACGCCGACAACAUGAACUGCCCUGCCGAGGUGCCCAUCACGAUUCCCGGCGGCGGAGCCAGCGGCGGCCGCACCGACCAGGUCGGCUCCGAGCCCCCCAUCAUCUGGGUCAAGCUCAAUGGUGGCCAGGCCACCGUCCAGCUCAACAACCCCGUCAAGCUGUAA